GACGCGCCCUCUUCCAUGCAAAUCGGGAAACCCUGUCGCGGAAGGUUUCCACUUCUUUCUGUAUUUUCUUAAAUAUCGCGCAUUUUCACAUUUUCCCCCAGUUAAUUUAUAUGAUUUGUUAAAGUGAAACCGUUAUUGAGUGGUUACCGUGACAUCGGGAGUCAAGAAAGGAGUUUAGAGGAGAAAAGAGGCAUAACUAAAAAUAGAAUAUUUGCCGAUGUACUAGCGAGAAUAUCGAGUGAGCAUCCCAUUCAUAAAGUACAUUCAUUUGGUCCUGGGCAGUGAAGGUGCAUAGAUCGGGAAGCGAAUUUUCAGUGAAUGAACAUUGUAAAUCACCUGUGAAGCUUUCUUCGGUAGACGCGAACGACAAUUUCCGGAUUUUUUAAAUCUACGUAGCAGAACCAAUCAAUUGGGACAAUGGCGACGGAGGGAGGUCUGGCGCCCGCCAGCGAUGACAUGCCAGUGGGUGGACCCAAGACACCGCAGCAGAUCGCCGCGCAGCGUCGCCUACAGCAGACGCAAGCGCAAGUGGAUGAAGUGGUCGAUAUAAUGAAAACAAACGUGGAGAAGGUAUUGGAGAGGGAUCAAAAGCUCUCAGAACUCGACGAUAGGGCAGAUGCACUACAACAAGGCGCCUCCCAAUUCGAACAACAAGCUGGAAAACUCAAAAGCAAAUUCUGGUUGCAGAACCUAAAGAUGAUGAUAAUUGCAGCUGUCAUUGGAAUCAUCAUUUUGGCUUUAAUCAUCGGUCUGUAAACAUCAAAUUAGAGGAUUACGGCCGAGGUACCUAUUCCAUCAGCAAAUACAUUCCGGCACAGCAAAGUCAAAAAAUUAUAGUAUAACAUUCUUUUUAUUAGAGAUUAGUAUUGUUGAGCAUUUUUUAAAUUAAUCGAUACAGAUUUCGGACCUUUGAGUCUGUGAAUUCUAUUUCAUUAUAGAUUUAUAUAUUUAUAGAUAUUUUAAAAUCACUCGUCCUAUAAAUUCGACUCCUUUAGUCACUAUCCGCUGAUUUAUGAAAAACAAAAAAUAUAUAAUUAGAGUAUUUUUAGAGAAUCUUUCUUUGUUAAAAUAUAUACCUUGUAAAAUUCGUAACAACAUAAAAUUGCUAUUUGCUAUACAUAUUAUAGAUACAUAAGGCUUAUCGAAAAUAUACCAUAUCUUGUAAUUUUACAUUGUGUUCAAAAUGAAACAGAUAAAAUAUUAUUAUCUAUAAUAUACAUUUUAAAGUGAAACUUUUUAGACACCGUGGGAAAUAGUUUUUUGAUAUAUACAUACGUAACGAUGAAAAUUUUAACGGAAUUAAUACAGAAACCUCGAAAAUAUCACAUUUUAAAUGUCAUAUAUAUCUAAAGGAGCAUUUUCACUGGUUGUAAGACAAAAAGUUACGCCUCGAGAGCGAAAAAGCAUGCUAUAAAAAAUAAUUAACAUAAUUUUUUAAAAUGUAAAUACAUUAGACAAAUGAGUUUGCUAUAGUGUUUACAUAUUUCUUUACCUCUUAGGAAUGACAUGGAAAUCAUUUUCUUUGUAGGGCGUUUCUUAUGUCGUAUAAUAAACAAUAGAAUAUAUUUCAUUCAUCACCGCUUACGAAGCGAAAUACGAUAUUGGUUUAUCUUUAAUUAAGUGUCUAUGGUUAUCACAAGUUGUCGAGAAACUGUGUCUUUAAGUCAAAUUUACCUGCGGGACUCCCUGCAUACUGUUGUAGAACUAGUAAGCGACCUAUGAAAAUGCACCGUAUUUGCCUAUGAGCAAAAUAAAAACUUUUUAAGUUUUUGCCAAUAAUGGCAGUAUACUCCUCCAAGAUUGAAUUCAUAUAAUCCCUAAGAAUUUUCACUUUCCACGAACCAUGGCAACAAAUGCAGUAGCGAUUGCGUUCAAGUUUACGUCCUGCAUUUAAUUGAAGUGCAACUUAUAAGAUAUCAAUACAUAUUAUAUAGCAAAAGGCUUACGUUGAUUUAUUUGUCCUAAUAAGAUGAACUUUAAAUCUACUGAACGGGAUUACAUACGGUUUUCAAAACUGAACGAAUGAUUCACGGAGGAAGUUUGUGUGUAACAUUAUAAGGUUUAUGUAAAUUUGCAUAAUAUGCGAAUAUAAAUAAGAUGCUGGCAGUGCUACUUUGCUAGUCAUUUCGUAGUACUUUAACUACUAUGAGGAUAAUGCCGUUUGCAUUUAGUGUUUUUCGCUGUAUUAUCACUACCACAUUAUUGUCCAAUGUCUAAAUACUAGCUAAUAAAGCAAAAAGACACUGAUUUUAUUGUAGUUAUUGGAAAAAAGACGUAAACAGAGGACGCAAUUUGCGAUAGCACUGUUGCGGCUUCGCCUUUUUGGAUACAUGUAAAAGUUUUCGUUUUAUCUCUUCAAUUUGGACCAAAGUUUGUAACGUUGAAUUGUUAGUUACCGCAUUUAUUUUUGUACUUCAAUAUAUUUCCUAUUCUGUCGUCUGUUUAGGGGAAAUUACUAUAGUUGUAACAAUACAAUGGAUCGUACAUGAGAUUAUAGACUUAAUUGUAAGAGUCCCUAUACAUUAGUUUAUACAGCGUAGACAUUCGUUGAACAAAUGCGCUGCGCGAAUAGGUACAGUGAUUAUUUGCGUUUAAAAUAUUGCAAUUUUUUAACUUCUAUUCGCCACGUCGCGCUGAGAUAAACUAAUGUGAAAGUGCUUUAACUCGAUGAAUUCACGCGUGUAGAAGUACAUCUAUUGUUGAUAACUUGUACAAGAUUUUAAAUAUUUGCUUGUAUAGAAAAAUUAAAAAUAUAUUUUAUUAGUUAUAAUAUUAUAAACCUAUGCACAUGUGUUCUGCUGACUCUCUUGUUAAAAUUAACACAACACACGUAACAGUUACUAAAAAAUCUACUAAAGCAUAUCGUAUUGUGAAAUUUUAUAUUUUUAAAUGUUUAAAAGUGCGAUCCAUUGUCUUUUCAACUAAUAUAUCACGCCGUGUUAACCUUUCACAUAGUCCAUAACAGUUUUGCUAAAGCGUAUAAAGCGGUGUGUGUAAAUGCCCCUUAGUGUGACGCCAGCUUUAUAGUUGAACUUUGAUACCAACCUUUAUAGAUUUAUUUGACUGUUGCUUAUGAUAUUUUUAUAACCACUUUUUAGAUGUUGAAUAGGUACAUAGAUUGUUUGUAAAAAAAUAUUUAAAAGCUGGUCCAUUCCAAACUAUUCUAGGCUAAAUUUUUCCUCAAAUUUAUAUAAUUAUAUUUUAUUACUAACUAAAACCCCGACAUACCUAAGUUGCUACCACAUUUUUCCGACAUCUAACGGUACUACAAAACGAUAUCAAAUCCUCGAAUAGCAAUAGAUUUAAAUGGCUACUGCGUAAGAUAAUAUUAGAAACAUAGCGAGAGCAUAAUUCGAUGGUCAGUAUGAAACAUAAUACCACCUCGUCCUAUCUAUCGAAGCAUACUAACAAUACUAAGACUUUGUCCAAUGGAUAGUAUUUAAUUAUUAUUUGAAUUAAUUUAAAAAAUACAUAAGUAUAUUACGUAAUAAGUAAUUUGCAUGCCAAAUCGGCGAGACACAUUAGCAUUUACAUCAACCUACCUGUAUAUGUACACACGUAUCUGCAAAUAAAUUGAUUGAUUGAUUGAUAUAUUUACAAAACCUCUUACAAAUAAUAUCUAAGUCGGAAAGUUGGGAAGGUGUGGUACUGCUUUUAUUACAUUGGACUUUGUCGGUUUAUAUCUGCAGCGAUGGACGCAAUUCUUAAUCACCAAUGUCCAAACUCCGAACCGACCAAACUGUCCACUUUCGGAUGUCGAUUGAGAUAGUGUAGCUGGCAUUUUAUGUAAUAUAAUAUCAUGUAUAGUUUAUACCCGAUUAAUUAUUUAAUAGAUAUUUUACUAGCAAAUCUUUAAUACAAAUUAUAUUUUCAAUUUUAAAAAAUAUUGAAUAUUAAAUUACCUCCCUUGUUUUACCUACUCGCAUAUAAUGAGAUUAUGGUCGUAAAAUCUUAAAUAUCCAUAACUUGAGCGGUUUUACUUGGUAAAAAGUAAAUUCUGUCUUUUUCUGCAAAGUACGUUAUAAUAGGUAUAGCGUUAUUUACGCCAAAUAAUUAUUAAGUUCAUACUUUCGAUUCAGAUGGUUAUUAUUUAGUGAGUUAUAGAUAUAGAACUUAACUUCUGCUUAAAACAAUAGAUUACAUUUGGUGUUAUUUCUUAAUGAUAAUAUAUGCUAUUAAAUGAAAUUAUAAUAACAUACUAUUGAUUAUUCGCAUUGUAAUAUUUCUGUGUGUAAAACUGUAUGUAGUUAUAACUUAGCUAAAAUAUUUAUUUCGUUGUGUAGCUUUGUAUGUCCGGCCGCUCAGAGAUUGCGUUUUUGACAGGUCGUGAUCGAGCCUCGUUAUUUUGUCUCAUUACUACAAAGACAAUCAGUUGGCAUAACCUACGCUAUUUAAAGUUACAUCGCCCAUUCGAUCACGAUCUGUCAGUAACACAAUUUCUGAGCGGCCGGACUUUAGUGGUGCUGAUUUGGUGGUACACGAACUAAAUUUUAACUAAAGUGACAGAAAUAAAGGUCCACGUAAAAUUCAGUUUUCCACCAAUCCCGCGGGAACCUUGGAUAUUUUGAGAUGAAUAUAAACCUAUAUGUUGCACAAAAGCCUCUUUUAUCUACCAGUGCAAUUCCCAUCAAAAUCGAUCCAGCCGUUACAGAGAUUAGCACGGACUAACAGACAGACAGACAAACUAUAUAAAAAAGCUUGAUUGUGUUUUACUAUUUUGUAAAUAACUAUAAAUGAGCACGAGUCUCCUCUCAGAAUGAGAGGGGUUAGGCCACCACCACGCUGGCCCAAUAAGAAUUAGCAGACUUCACACACGUACUACUAUACCCUCUGGAAUCGGAGAUAGAACUCACAUCCACUGGGCUAUCACGACUCUAUUUAAACAGUUGUCAGUUUAGAGUCAUUUAGAGAUCAUGUGCAUCCAAUUCAGCACUAAUGUAUCUUUAGAAGUAAAAAUGCACUUGUGAAAGUAAAACUUAAUAAGGCAUUUAGGUACGGUUUUUACAUUAAGUAAAGGUUAAAAUCUUUGCUGACUUAGCAUAUUGAUUGUAUUAACUUAUUUAAAUGUGUAUUCAAUAAUAAUGAGUCAAAAGUACCAAGUGUAGACGUUAAUGUCUAAUAGCACUACGAAUUUUACUAAUAUGUGGCAAGGACCUUAUUUCUUAGGGCCUUUUUAUACAUGUCUUUAUGUAAAAUAUUACUUAUGUAGUUCGGUUCCUAUAAGUAAUCUCGUCAGGACCUUAAAGUUUUGAAAAAUAGUACGAAGCAACCUGUAUAGGUUACAGUUUCAUAAAAUACCUAGUCAGCCUCAUCAUAAAGUUCCUCAUCAAUUGCAAGAUCUAGCCACGACACAGGGCCGGCCCGUCCAUACGGCGAACGGAGCAGUCUACAGAGCGCCUAAAUGAUUACCCUAGUCAACUGUAGACGAUACUGCGCCUGAUUUUCAAUUGGUCACCCCAGAGUAUGAUCAAGAUCUACGCGUUCCAUUCUUUCUUUACACUAAUAAUUUGGUAUAGGUACUCGUAUCUUCAUAUUAUUAAAAGCAAACAGGAAAGGUGCAAUAAUUGGAUCUCGCUCCAUUUUAAAAUUUACUUCGGGCCGGCGCUGCCACGAAAUAGAUACUGUGAGCAAUUUAACUUCAUUUUAUUUUGUAUGGACAUACAAAAGGGCAUGUAUAAAAGCCAAGUAGGCGUGUGUUACUUUGAGUUUCCUCGAAAACGCUUCAUCUAUCAUAAAUGUAAUGAAAUAGAAGUGUUUUAAGGGAUUUUUAUAGCAGGUUUGGUAGAUAUACUUACUUAGUGUAAUUUACAAUAAUCGCCCCUUUAUUUGAAACUGUAGGUGAUAAACAAAACUCGCUUUCAAAAAAAUGGUAAGUAUAUUAUACACGCGAAUCUGACAGAGUUUCUCAUAAAAUUCACGAGAUAUCUAUCUUUUUGCAUCAAGCCUUUCUCUAGACAACAUUAACGAGAAAGUUACUUUUCGUCAUAGUUAUUUUUCUUUAUUCCCAAGGCUUCCUUUUUUAAAUACACUACAUACUUAGAUUUUUAAAAAUGCUGAUUUUUUUUAUUCUAUCACUACUAGUGUUUCAAAAAUUGGGGCCUAAUCACUGUAAGGUAAAACCAAAUACACCACAAUUAAUAUAAUUAUGUGUCUAAAAUAAGACAUUAUAAUUAUUAUGGUAAAGGUGAACAGUUUUAGCAAUAUAUAUUUAUAAAUGAAUUAUUUUAUUUCAUUGAUAUGGUCUAGAAAAAUAUUUUAGAUUCAAUAUUUAAUUCAAUAUUCAAUUAAGAUAAACAUAUUUAUUUAUUUACCUACUUAUAAAAAUACUGUAAAUAGUUAGAACAAUCUAAAAUUAAUAUUUUUUUGCAUAUUUUACUGUUAAUACUUUUCACCUUUAUACCUACUUAAUAAUAAGGAAAUGUAGAUAAAUAAAUUUAAAAAAUAUCCUGUCCGAUAAAUCUCCGAAGGACAAGGAAAUAUAAUAUUAUUAUCAAUAAAAUAUAAUAACAUAAGUUUUACGUAAGGUUACACGUACCUAAUACAUAAUAACACGUGAUAUGAAUUUUUGAUAUAUAUGUCUUAAUUAUGUAUGGUUUGAUGUAAUUUAUUAGAUACCUAAUUAUUUUCACUCGAACGAAUAAUCAAUGGCGAGAGGCGAGACGGUGACCCAGGGCCAUCAAGCUCAGGGGGCUCUCUUAUCCUCUUAUUAAACCUUACCGCAAAAUCGCGAUUGAACUGAACUUUAAAAUUGAAAAAAUUCGAAAACGAACAAGUGCUAAUGAAUAUUUUUACUUGAUAAAACCUAACCAGUUUAGAUAGUAGUGGGGCCCCAUUUUUUAUUUGCACCAGGGCCCUUGGUUAAAUGGUUACCUAGCUACGCCACUGCGAAUAAUAGUCCAUUUUAUGAUGUGUAUUGUUUAAGUAGGUAUAUUUAUUUAUUAUUAUUAUAAUUUAUGACAUUAAUUGAUUAUACUUGUUUGAUUUUUAAUUAAAGGAAUUUAAUUAAUUUUAAAUUAUGUUUUAACAAUUGAAAACUUCGGUGUUUUUAAUGUCCUUUUAUGUAGACAAUAUAGUUAUACCAAAUAUUUGACGACCGCGUGGCGCAAUGGUAUUAACGUGCUUUUAGCAUCCACGGUUCAAUUCUCACGACUGGUUUUUUUUUUGUGUGAUGAGCACCGGUGUUUUCCAGUGUCUGGGUGGGUUUAUGAAUAUAUAACAUGUAUUUAUAUGUAUUAUAUAUUUAUAUAAUAUAUUCUCAUUGGCUAUCUUAGUACCCAUAACAUUUAGCUUACUGUAGGGUAACAUAGCCUAGUGAGUAUCCAAAUACAUAUACUAUGACAAAAAUAUAUAUUUUUUAAUAUUUAAUUUGUUUUUCUUAUUCGUAUUCACGGUAAAUAUCAUACUACACUGUGACGUUCCAUGUCUCUGUGACGUUCCAUGUCUCUGUGACUGUUAUUGUGCCCAUACAUGUCUCCCCAUUACAAACCCUACUGUUGGUGGUUGGUACUCUAAUCACACCAAAAAGCUGUAGGUGUCCCUACUUAUAAUAAGUACAUACAUAGGUACAUUAAUACAUACAUACUUAUAAUGUAUAGGUAAUAUUAUUACCUAGAAGAUUACCUGUUGCGUUAUUUUAGACGUUAGAUAUAGUCGAAUAAAAAAUUUGUAAACCGUUUUUGGAUACAAUAGAAAACAUAAUUUAACCUACUGAAUAAAUAAAGAAAAUGCAUACCUAAUUAUAACAUACCUAAAUCUAAAUAUAGUAAAAAAUACAGUGUUUUAAUAAUAUUGUGUAUCAACGGAAAUUGUGAUGUUUGUACAUUUUAAACUGUUUCAUAAAUAUAUUAAAUUGAAAUAAUUGAACAUCAUAUAAGUGACAUAGAUAUUUUGAGGUAGAGUGUUAUAGACAUAUAAAUAUUUAUUGUAUUUGAAAACUAUACUCUGGUACGCACGUCAAUAUUGCCAAAAUACCCCCUUACUAUAUUUGGAACUAUCCAUCCAUCCAAUACUCACAAUGCUUCUUUGAAUAUUCUGGAGUUAUUAAAAACCUAUUAGACUGGUAGGUCGGUAAUUACCAGGGGCGUAGCUAACACUGUAUCAGCCGUAUCAAUGAUACGGGGCCCCUGACCUACAGGUGCCCCUUAAGUGUGAAAGCAAGAAUUGGUAAAAUGUAAUCCACAAUAUUUGAAAUAUUGUGGAUUACAUUUUACCAAUUCUUCCACACUAGAUUUAGUAUGUAUAUUACCACAAACAUUUUGGUACCAAUUUUACUUUGUGGUGAAAGAGUUAACGGUAAAUCAAAACUUGAGAUAUUUUUUGGGAUUUGCCGCUCAUCUAUAGGGCCCCCCAAUUAAUUUUAAUACAGGGCCCCUCCAAGGCACGCUACGCCACUGGUAAUUACUCGUAGCUACUACAGUCGUCAACAAUUAAUACUACAAUAAAAUACUUAUUAAAUUUCACAAUCCUUGAAUAUGAUGUACGUACCUAUCUAGUCUCUAGGCACAUAUAUGCACCUAUCUAGUUCAGUAUAAUUUUCAAAUACAAUGUAGAAACAUAAUAUGUUAUUCAAAUCAUGUAUAUACAUGAUACAUAAAUGUAAUCUCAUUCUAAGACCCAUAGAAAAUACCAAAUGAUAAACCUCUGUAUGUAUCGUUAGUUUUAUUGUAAUUAUUAUUGCUUCAAUAAAUUAAAGCAACUUUAUAUAAA